UUUUUUGAAAAUCUGAAAUAUUCUAAAAUAAAUAAACAAAAGCAUUUAAAAAUUUUUGAAGCGCUACUACUAUUUUAUAUAUUAUAAAAUUUAAGCUAAUUAUGGAAACAAAUUCUUCUGAAUGCAUCAUUGAAAUUGUUGAUCAAACACAAAUCUCAGAUUCCGAGUUAGCUGAAUUCGAAGAAACUCAACCAAUAAAGUUAGAAGAUAUAAAAGAAGAAAGUGAAGAAAUUCUCAUAAGAAAAUAUAUAAGCGGCGAAGCAUCUUUUCCAACAUACUAUACUACAUUACAUGGUGAUGAAGAAAACAGCGAAGAACAGUCGCGACAAACAUCGCAAAAUUCUUUAGAGGAAACUUUGGAUGUGCCUACAAUCGAAAUUGAGCAGGACAGCCCAUUGAAAAAGCGAGCAACAAAGAGAAAAACUGGGUUAAAUCCAGCUUUGCAAGGUUUAAUGGGGGAAGCUAAUUUAAGCUUUGUACGAGGAAAAGUUGACAUUGCAGAAAAAAUUUGCCUGGAGAUUAUAAGGCAAAAUCCUUUAGCUCCAGAACCUUUUUACACCAUGGCACAAAUAUAUGAAACUAGAGACCCUGAAAAAUUUUUGAAUUUUUCCACAAUUGCAGCUCAUUUAGAUCCAAGUAACAAGGAUCAGUGGAUUAGAAUAGCAGAGAUAAAUGUUGAAAACAAGAAUUAUAAUCAAGCUCGUAUACAUUACUCAAAAGCUAUAAAAUAUCACCCAAAAGAUUAUGAUAUUAGGCUUAGAAAAGGCAAAUUGCUGGAAAUGCUAGACGAAGAAAGAGAUGCCAUGAUAACUUACUUACAUAUGAUACAACAUAUCCCUGAAAAUAUGCCAGAGUUUUGUUUAGAGACUGCAAAACGUGUUGCAAAAUAUUAUUAUGAGCAAAAUAAAAUGUCAUUUGCCUUAGAAGCAAUGAAAAUGGCUUAUAAAAACGUACCCAUAGCAUUCUCCAUUGAAGAUUUAAAUUUGUACAUGCAACUUCUAAUUAUAAAUAAAAAUUAUGUGCAGGUAAUAUUUAUAUUACGAGAUCGGUGUAAUGUUGAGAUGAAUUUAAUAUAUAGUGAAAAUGACAAUGAGGUAAUUGUAGAAUCUUGUAUAAUUCCUGAUGAGUUGCAGGCAGAUCUAAGGGUUAAGUUAUGCGUUAGCUUAGUGCAUGCGAAUGCUUUUGAAUUUUUACCAUAUAUUUUAACAAACUUUCGAAAAUUUAUAUCAACGAAAGAUGGAAUUGAUUGGUAUAUGGAUUUAAUAGAUGCUUUAAUGUUUAAACAAAGAUAUUUGGAAGCUUUAGAAAUCAUUCUUUUCGUAAUGGAAGAAGAGGAAAACUCACCUGCAUUGGUAUGGUUACGAGCUGCGGAAGUGUAUAGAGAGCUUAAACAGAAUGAGGAAGCUAUAAAAUGUUACUAUGAAGUUAUUACCCUCGCCCCUCAAUGUUACGAUGCCAAAUUUACUUUGUCAGCAUUGUUGAAACAAGAAGGGCGGCAUGCGGAAGCUGUUAAGGCUUUAGAGCAGGAUAUGAAAAAUGAAAUUUUGAAUCCACGUUUGUUAUAUGAAAAAUGUCUUAUGCUAAAAACCUUUGGCGAAAUUGAUGAAUAUUUAGAUGUUGCAUAUAUUCUUUUAUCACGACAGUCUCUGCGAUUCCGAAGUCGCGAGGAAUUAAUUGCGUGGGCUUCUGCCGGCAAUAAUUUUAAUCCAGAGACCUUAAAGACAAUUUUAGCUAGCCGCUUAGAGGAAAGUACUUCGGAACCUGAAUAUGAUGAAGCGGAAGCAAAUUUAUCUAUGGAAGAAGAAUAUGAUUUAUUCAAAGAUGCAUCCAAAAUAGCAUAUUCUAGAGAAAAAUUUGGUAAACUAGAGAAAUUGUGUUUUGCCAUGGCAACUACAAAAAAAUUUAAAAACAAAUUUCGGGAGCUUGAAAAAAGUAUUAUACUAUCAUGUUAUUAUAAUGACGAUCAUAUAGCAUCUUUCCUAUUUUUCCGAGAGAUUUUAGUUAAAAAUUUAAAUAACAAUGGAUGUUGGAAUUUUAUGAAUAUACUUAUUCAGAAUGGUGAAGAGUUACGUUAUCAUAGGUUUUUGAAAAGAGUAUUGUCCAGAGGUAAUACACCAAAGUAUUUAAAAAUACUUUUAGCGAAUUAUCAUAUGUGUGCUACUUCAUAUAAAUACGCUUUAGAUAUAUAUGCGUCAAUUUUCAAAGAAAUUCAUGAUCCUUUGGUAUGCCUUUUGAUUGGAGUUUGCUUUGAACAAAUUUCCUUACAAAAAAAUAGUUUGAAAAAAGCUACUGGAGUUGCUCAAGCGGUGAGUUUUAUGAAAAAAUAUUCUGAUUUGAGAAUGUGUUCUAGCACUAAACAAGAAAUUUUAUAUAAUUUGGGAAGACUUCAUCAUCAAGCUGGAGUUAUUUAUUUGGCUUUACAUUAUUACCAACUAGCUUUAGAGGUUAAAGAUCCAUUUGUUGAAGAACAUUCAAAUAUUUUAGGAUUAGAACAAGAGAUUGCGUUUAAUAUACAUUUAAUAUAUAAAGCACAAGGAAACAUAGAUAUGGCUAGAAAAUACUUGUAUAAAUAUUGUGUUGUUUAGUAAUUCAAAAUAAAGUUAAA